AUGACAAUUAAAGAGAACAAUAAACCUGAUGACGAAAUCACUGAACUUCCGGCAAAGGCCGCCAGUUCUGAGCAGGUAGAGGGUAAAGAAAAAAAUGGAAAACGCGGAAAGAACGACGAUAAAAAAGAAAGCGAAGCAGGAAAGAAGAAGGAAGAAGAAGAGAGUGAAGAGGACAAGCGAUUGCAAGAGGAAUUGAAUUUGCUGAUGGAGCGUCUUCAGGAAGACGACCAAUCAUUGUAUAAUGCUGCUUUGGAGACCCUGCGAACGAUUAUUCGUUCUUCGACAACAAGCAUGACGUCGGUACCGAAACCGUUGAAGUACAUGCGCCUACAUUACGACUCAAUGAAGGCGAUUUUCGAGAAGAUCAACGAUCCAUCCGUUAAGAAGUUUUGCGCUGAUAUCAUCUCUGCUCUUGCAAUGACAUGUUCCACGGAGGGAAGUCGAGAGUGCUUGAAGUAUAGACUGCUCGGUUCUAAGGAACCGAUCAGUUCGUGGGGUCAUGAGUACAUUAGACAUCUGUCCGCAGAAAUCGCGGACGAGUGGAAAAUCUUUGAUGAAGCAGAAAUUUCGAAUGAAAAGCCGGACUCGAAGCCAAAGCAAAUCCUUGCCAUCGUUGAGGAUAUCGUCCCUUACUAUCUGUCCCACAAUGGAGAGGCUGAGGCAUGCGACCUCAUCAUGGAGCUCGAGCGUUUGGAAAUGCUGCAUCGCUUCGUUGACGAGGAGACUUAUGGACGUGUCUGUCUUUAUAUAUUAUCGUGCAUUCCGUUUGUACCAGACCCUGAAAACACUGAACUUUUGUGCAAUACCAUGCACAUAUAUUUGAAGUUCAGCAGGAAAAUCGAGGCCGUCCGUGUAGGAAUCAUGUUGAACGACUCGGAGAUGGUGAAAUGCAUCUUCCUAAAUUGCGAAGACAUAAUAAUUCAGAAGCAAAUUGCUUUCUUGCUUGGCCGCCAUCAGAUGUUUCUCGACCUGCCUGAUGACAUGCCGUACCAGUCAGACCUUUCUGAACUGAUGUCCAAUUCCAACCUCUCUCAGUAUUUUCUGACGCUGGCACGAGAGCUUGACAUAAUGGAACCUAAGACACCGGAAGAUAUCUACAAGCAGCAUUUAGAACCGACAAAAGGUUUUGCCGCUGCUUCACAGGUUGAUUCUGCCAGGCAGAAUCUGGCAUCAAGCUUCGUGAACGGAUUUAUCAACGCCGGUUUCUGCGUUGAUAAAAUGAUCGCCGAUGACGCAAACAAGUGGUUCUACAAAAACAAAGAACACGGCAUGCUCAGCGCCGCCGCCAGUCAAGGACUCAUCUACCGGUGGGAUAUGGACAACGGUUUGACGCAGAUUGACAAAUUUCUCUAUUCUAAUGAGGACUACAUCAAAGCCGGAAGUCUGUUGGCCGUUGGUAUUAUUAGUAGCGGCAUCCAUCACGACUGUGACCCCGCUCAAGCGCUUCUUCUGGAUUAUGUUAAAAGUGAGAAGAGUAUAUUCAAGAUAGGAAGCAUAUUGGGGUAA